AUGAUCCGUACCAAAAUGGCAUCGAAACUCAAUUGUCGACAGUGUUUUGAGUAUUUGAGGAGAUUCUUGAUUUCUAGGGUAAGGAAGGGGUACUAAAAAAUGAAUUUUAGGCUUAAAUAUAAACUUUAGACUUAGAAAUGAAUUUUUAAGUUUAAUCAUAGAUUUUAGGUUCAAAAAAGAAUUUUAGGCUUAGUAAUGACUUUUUAGACUUUAACAUGAAUAUUAAGCUUAGAAAUGAACGUUUGAGCUUAGACUAAAAUUUUAGGUUUAAAUAUGAAUUUUAGGCUUAGUAAUGAAUUUUUAGGUUUUAACAUAAAUAUUAAACUUAGAAAUGAAAGUUUGAGCUUAAAAUGAAAAUUCAGGUUUAAAAAUAAAUUUUAGGCUUAGUAAUGAAUCUUAAUCUUAAACAUGGAUUUUAGGCUUAGAAAUGAAAGUUUGAGCUUAAAAUGAAAAUUUAAGUUUAAAAAUAAAUUUUAGGCUUAGGAAUGAAACUUUCAGCUUAAAAUUUAAUUUUAAGCUUAAAAAUAAAAAUAAAGAAGUUAGGUUAAAAAAUAAGUUUUAGGCUUAGGAAUGAACUUUAUGCUUUGGUAAUCUUAACAGACAAUUUUUAGGUGGGAAUCUUGUUCACCUUCACAAUAGGCCUCUGUUUGGUCGUCUACAUUAUUGUAGGCGUCUUCUUCCCCGACCCAAGACAUCGUUUUCCAUUGGCGUCGAUUAAAGAGGUCAGAAAGUACUUGGACGUUCCACCAACCUUUAAAAGUUAUGUUAGAAAACGACUGAACUACGACUUUACCUUGCUGGAGUACCAGUACUCACAUCCAUUGGAGUAUGAGUGCAAAAUACCGGUCGUUAAAAAGAAUGGUGAGAUUUCAAAAAUUGAAAAAAAAAUUAGUUUUAGACGUCAUUUUAGGGUUCAAAAUGAAAAUUAGGCUUAAAAUGAAGAUUUAAACAGAAAAAAAGUUAAAAUUUAAGUUUUAGGUUGAAAAAUGAAUUUUAGGCUUAGAAAUGGAAGGUUAAGUUGAAAAUAAAAUUUUAAGCUUAAACAUUGCUUUUAGGCUUAACAAUUAUAUUUUUGACUUAAUACUGUAAUUUUAAGCUUGAAAAAUUAAAUUUAAACUAAAAAAUAAUUUUAGGCUUAAACAUAAAUUUUAAGAUUAAAAAUUAAAUUUUAGGCUUAAAAAUGCACUUAUAGACUUAAAAAUGAUAUUUUAGGCUUGCUACUAAAUUUCAGCAUUAAAAAUCAAUUUUAGGCUUAAAAAUCGAAUUUCAGACAUGAAAAUUAAAUCUUAGGGUUAAAAAUGCACUUAGAGACAAAAAUAAUAUUUGAGGCCUGCUACUAAACUUUGGUCUUAAAAAUCAUAUUUUUAAGCCUAAAAAAAUUCAGACUUAAAAAUGCCAUCUUACAUGUUAGGCUUAGAAAUAAAUAGUAAAGCUUAAAAAUAGAGCUGUAAGCUUACUAAAUAAUUUUAGGUUUAAAAAUACAUUUUGGACUAUAAAGUUAUUUUUUAGGCUUAUAAAUGAAGUUUUAGGCCUAAAACAAAAUUUUAGGCUUAAAGAUAAUUUUUUUAUAGUUUUUUUUUUACUUUCAAAACUUUUUAUAAUAAUAUUUGUGUUGUUCCAGAUGCCUCACCACCCUCAAUUAGCUCAUUCCUAAACUGUAGAGAGCCUUUGGUGCGCCAAUCUGAUUAUGGUGAUUUAUUUGUUCAGCCGGCUGACAUUAAAAACGGUCGGCCCGAAUUUCGGUGUUUUUACAGCGACUUGAGCGACAACAAAACUGAAAAGGUAAAAUAAGGGGCUUAACAAUGCGACUCUUAAUACAGUAAAUGUAGAAAAUUUUAAAAAAUUAAAUUUUAAAAAAAUUUUAUUUUUAUUACAUGUUUAGUACCAACUGCGCGAAGGAAGACAAAAAAUUCAAAAAAGCUUGAUUCAAGUUGAUUGUUAUGACCGACAAAAUGCUACUAGUAAGUUUAUUUAUACUAGUUGUUUGAUUCAUAAACACAAUGGAACCCUUGUAUAACGAACUAUCAGAAUUGGGCGGGCGUUUUAGUCCUGGUAACGAUCAUAACAAAACUUCCGUAUAACGAAUAAAUUUUAAACCCCCCGAAGAAAUCGUUAGGCAAGAGUUAAACUAUAUCAUUCAAAAUUUACAAAUUUCUAAAACUUUCUGAAUUUUUUAGUGUUCUCCGAAAAGUUCUUGUCACUACCAUCAAUUAAUGAGGUAUCGAAUGUUUCAAACUCUCGGUUUUCUAAUCAAGGCUCUAAAAACUACUCCUUCGCCUUAUUGAACUUGAAUGGACUCUCUAAACUUGACGUUAUCUUUAAAAUGCCACAAACAGUUGAUGUGCUUGAGAAGUUUAAUACUCAUUUGUUCAAUGGGUUUCAUAUGGUGGGUUUUUUGACUUUUUAUGUUUUUGAUUAGUUUAGUUUUAUUAAGGCGUAAAAUAUUAAAUUAAACCAAAAGUAGCGGGACACUUUUCAUUUAUUUUCAAUUAAAAAGUGUCCCACUACUUUUGGUUCAACCUAGGUUACACUUUUUGCAAUUCAAAUCUGUUAUCGCGGGACCUAAGCUAGGCUCCUAAGGGCUUGGAUGGACACGGCCUUUGAGUACACGUGUGCCGACCUGGCCUUUUCAGGAAGACAGAAUACGAUGUCAAAGUAAAAAUUUUUUAUUAUUUAUAGGCAACACCAUCGAUAAGUGUCACUGAACUUGUUAAAGGAUUUAAAUCUUUAUUGCAAAAUCUAAAAGGUAACAUUUCGAACUUUUACUUUACCUUGUCUAACCUUAACUUAUUUUAUCUACACUACACAAAAUGAACCUACCCUAUCCCACCUUACCCCACCAUAACGUGCCUUACACUACAAUUUCCUAAUCUACUCCAAUCUAUCCCGCUUUAUCUUCAUUUUAUACUUUCAUAUUUAUUAUGUAGUGCACGCAAUUUUAGAUAGCAAAGCCCCAACACUACUAAAUAGUAUGAUUGAAGAGGGAUCACAAAACGUUUUGAAACAGUUUUCCCAUCAAUUUAUGUAAGUUUAUCGUUUUUACCUAUCAAUAAUCUCAGUUUACUAUAUAUUUUUGUAGGUUAGAGUGCGGUAUGGUUGGGUAAAGUAAGAUAAGGUUGAGUAGAGUAUGGUAGGUAGAGUAUUUUAGGUAAGGUACGGUACGGAAAUAUAUAUUGACGGAGCCCUUCAAAAGCAAAAAUCUCCGCAAACUACAGUAGUCUACUGAAUAGUAGUCUAUUGACAUUUUUCUUUUUAGGAUUCCAAAGACAGAAACCCCAGUCAAGACUGGCAAUUGUGAGAACCCAGACUACGAAAAGCAUCUUGAUUUGUUCAAAAGGUAAUGUAUCUUUAAUAAUUUGAAAUUUUUAAAAAGUGCAGCUGUUUUAAUUCUGCCUGUAAAGAGAUCGGGCUCAACUUUUUAAUCCAAUCCUUAACCCUCAUUCCGUAUCGGCUCAGCAUCUUUAAAUUUUUUAGCCCGACCCGGGAACAGUCUUGGCCGGGCUAAAAAAAGCCUCUCAGGUAUAUUGUAAACAAAGUUUUUGCUAAACCUUUUAAAAUUAUUUUAGAUUUCUAUCAAAAUACGCAUCAAUCCCAACCUUUUCUUUCACAAACCUUGACCUUACCAACACAACCGAUCUUAGUACUUUCGAUUUUCGACUUGCUGACGUAUUAGAUAAGGCCUACCUAAACGGCGCAUUUGAAAACACAAUAUUAGUUCUACUGGGUCAAAAGUCAAUUGAAAAUGGCAAUGAACAACCAUUUUUGGGAGUUUCUCUACCAGAUUCUUACUUUGCUUCGAAUCCUGAAAUGUACUCAAUCUACCGUACCAACAAGAACGCAUUGGUUACAGUAGAUGAUGUUUAUAACACUGUGAAUAGUAUUGUUGAUAAGGAAGGAUUUGAAAGUGAUAGUAAAGUGACCUUACUUCAGAGGAUAGGGAUUAAUAGAACUUGUGAAGAGAUGGGAAUAGUGGAUGAUCAAUGUCAUUGUUUGGUACAAGAUGGUUACGUCAUUGAUGAUGAGCUUAAAGUAAGAUGUUUACCAGGAAACGGUACAUUCUACAGUAAAGUACUAUAUUGUACCCUACCCUACCCAGCCUACCCUACCCUACCCUACGCUGCCAUACCCUACUCUAACACUCUGUCUUACUUUACUUUAACUUACCCUUCACUACCCUAUUACCCAAUCUACCCCGCCUUACCACAUGUUUCUUAUACUACCCUUUCUUAUCUUACUCUUCACUAAUCUACCCUGCCCUACUUCACGUUACAGUACCCUACCUGUCUUGUCCAAAUUUUAAGUUUACAGUAGUCUACCGUAUCCUAGCUUUCGUCUAUUUAAAAAAAAUAUUUUUAGAGCAGGAUCAGACCAGUAGUAACAAACUACAUUCUAAACACGUUAUCCAAACUAAAGUGCAAAGUAACUCACAGUAACCCAAUAGUAAGAGACAUUUUCGACUACACAACACCUGAAAAGUCAUAUAAAGCCAAAACGGACGUUACAGUAACUUAUAGUAAUGCAAAAAGCUCUAAAAUCGAAGUUCAAAUAAUGUUGAACAGUCGAUUUGAAAUAGUGAACAAAGGAUUUACUGUAUUUUCUGAUACAAAGUGUGGCGUUAAGACGUUGGAUGAGGUUUGUCAUUGUGAAUCUAGGCAUUUGGUUCAUUAA